AAAUAUUUUUCUAUCGUCGCUGAAACAGACGAAAAGUUCACUGCUCGCACGCGCACACAGUCUCGACUCAAUUGCCGAAGUUACAACGAUCGCGCGAUCAAGAGAGAAAAAGAUCGUGUACCCGCGCGCGCCUGUCAAAAAUGCCGAAACCCGGAUCUAAAAAGAAGAGCGGCAAAAAUGCCUCCUACCCGAGAGCGGAUCGCGUCUACAUCACGAUGUGUCAAAAAUUGAAAGACGAUCCGGCGGUGGUCGGGCACGACCUGCUCGGCAACUUCAACGCUCUGGACGAGCUCGACAUCAACUGGAUCCUGACGAAGGCCUGCGAGGACAGUCAGCUCAAGGUCCUCAACUUCGUGCUGUUCCGCAGAAAGAAGAAGAAGCUCGUGCUGCCCGAGUUCUGCUUGACGGCGCUCCACAUAGCCGCGAAGAACGACCAGCUGGAUUACUUCGAUAUGCUGCUCGACAUCUACGACACGACGGUGAAUCACAAGGACCCGGUGAGCGGCUUCAGCCACUUUCAGGCGGCCUGCAAGAUCGGCCACUCGCGCCUGGCCCACCAACUGCUCGAUCUCGGCAUCCACGAGGAUCUGAAUCGCGUGGCCUUCGUCCUGACGGGAGCCAGGCCCGAUGCAAACCUGCUGGACAUCGUGCUGGCCAGCGGAGUCCCGGUCGAUCUCACCGACGAGGACGGAGCCACCCUGCUCAGCAGCUUUUGCCGUCGGAUAGGCUCGUCUGGCAUCGUCGUCACCGACGACUCACACCUGGCCUGCCAGGGCGUGAUCAAGGUCCUCAUCGGGCACGGGGCCAACGUCAAUUUCCGCACCCCUAGGACAAAUAUCUCGCCCAUCCAGUCUCUCUAUUUUUCCGGCAUCAGCGAAGGAGAUCUGCAGCUGGACAUGCUCAAGAUACUGCUGGACUACGGUGCCGACGUGGACCAUCGCGACAACUUCGAGGAGACCAUCAUGCACUACGUGCUGCGCCGCGAGUACAGCCCGCAGCUUUACGGAAAAGAGUUCGAGGUGCCGCGCCGCGACCCCCACGUCUCGGACGUGCUGUAUCUGCUCGUCGAAGACUUCAAGGCCGACGUCAACGUCGCGAACAACGCGCGCGAGACGCCGCUCUGUUUGGCCGUGUCCACCUGCAACCGGGAGGCGGUCGAGACGCUGCUGGAGCUCGGGGCCGAUCCCAGCUGGGUCACCUUCCAGCAUUUCUAUCUCGAGCCGAACAACGAGCAUCUGAGGAAUCUGGAGAUGGCGCAGAACUUGCUGGACAUCGUCGAGCUUCUGCGGGCCAAGGGCUUUCAGCUGGACGCGCGGCACGAGGUCAGGAUUUUGAGAUUUUUGCUGGGAUUCCCGACGACCCACGACUACUUUACGCUGCGCUACGUAGUGCCUCUAGCGCCGAGCGUGUCGUUUAUAAAGAGCCACUGCAGAGCGUCGAUGUACCUCGAGCACGAGUUAGGUCCGGUGUACAACGCCGUCGUCAACUACGCGAGAAUCGUCGAGCUCGGCAACAUGUACCUGGGCGAUCGCGCCAAGGAGAUCCUCGGCAGCCUCGUGGAAGAAUUGCAGACUCUGUACGACGAGAAGAGCGUCACGGGCUCGUCCAUGGAGCCGUUGAUGAAGGAGUCGAGGAGGAUAUACGGCGACCUGUGCCGCGCCGCCGAGCCCUACUUCGAGGACGAGCUGGGCCGAGCGCGCAAGCACAUGAUCAAGGACAAGGUUUCGCUGAUCGACGUCUGCGCCUUUCCUCCGAGCGAGGCCUACAAGCUGCUGGAGGACUCGGACUGGCAGAGCAUAGUGUUCUCGGAAACCUUUGACAAAGAUUACGUCUUCUUUGGGCCGGUGAUCAAGGGCUACUUGACGAGGGCACUGGCCAAGAAAUUCUUCGACGAGGUGUCGGACAAAACCGCCGCGACGGUGUUGGAGGACAAGUAUUUUGUGUGAACGAUCGUAAGAGAGAGUGUUUCGUACGUACUUUUGAUAUGUAUAUUUAUGUAAUUUGACUCUCAUUAUUGUAGAAAAAAUUCAACAGACAAUUCAAGAAAAAUUGAAUUUG